AUGGAACUCAUCAUAGGUUAUUUCAUCCCAAGUUUUGCAAAUUACUAUGUUCAUCUUAUUUCGCCUUCAAAAGAAAUGAAAAUACCCGCCAGAACACAAGUCCUUUUCCUCUUGCUAGUUUUGUUCGAUCUGGACGUUCUCUUAUGGGCCGAUUUAAUCGCCGACACCUGCCGGAAAACUAUUUAUCCCGGGAUUUGUGUUUCGACUCUGCGAUCGAAUCCUCGCAGUGCAGGUGCAAAUGUAACGGGACUUGUGCGCAUAGUUUUCGAUACCGCUCUUCCCAAAGCAAAUUCUACUCUCAACCUGGUAAACGAAUUAUACGCCAAGGCGCUCAAGGCGAAACAAACUAGUUUCUUCGAGUAUCUUUCCAAUUGCUUGAAUCAAUACAAGGAGGCCGUAUCUGGACUCAAUGGUUGUACCGAGUAUCUUGGGUCGGACAACUUCGGAACUGUUCUGCACGCAACGCAAGCCGUUAGCUAUGUUCUGAUCUGCGAGAAGGAGUUUAUUGCAUUACGUCCUAUCGGUGGGCGUGCGUCGCCUAUCACGGCUCAAAAUAACGCCAUGGAACGACUGGUGUCGAUUGCCUUGGGGAUCGUGAAAUCGCUCGGCUGCAAUCAACCGAUUUGCAAUUUCUCAUGA